AGCCGUCGUGACGAACGGACGUGAAGCUCCGUUCCGUUUUUCCACAAAUUUAUCUCAAUGAAAACUUGAAUCGGACCGAACUCUGUGGUAUAAGCUGUGCUCUUUUGUGUGACGUUUUGUGCACGUUUAAACUUCGGAUUUUGUUUUAUUUUAUAAAAAAAAUGCAGAGCAGAAAACGUCAGAAGAAACGGAGACCGAAGUGGAGUGCAGUGAAAUGAGUUCGACAAGGGAAUAUGUGACUUAAUUUUGUACACAUAAAGUUAAAAAUGGCAUCGUAUUUCAUAUGCCCAGUGGGCAAAAUUUCCAAUAGAGAUUUGUUGUUGGUGGUUUUGUUUUUGUGUCAAACAAUAGUUUGUGACAGCCAGUGUCCGAAGUUCGCGGAGAGACCUUUGGAGACAAGAGUUCAAGACGCUUCCAUAGUUUUUAGAGCUGUGGUGGUACAAACAAAUUAUCAGAUUAAAACGCUAGAUUUGGCACUCGUGUCGAUAUAUAGAGGAGGCGUGGAACUAGCAUCCGUCAGUCAAUACUCUGGUUCACCGUACAAUACCACAGACAGACAGGUGAAUCUGAAAAUAGGUCCUCAACUUGAGAAUUGCUUCAAUUGGAGCAUGGCGCCGCAGAGUGAAUUGGUGGUUUUCGCAAGGGUCAGUGAUCCAGCAGUGGACCUAGAAACAACACCUCCAGAUGGCCCAUGGUUAGAAGCAACUGCUGCUGCGGUUCCUUGGAGCCUGGGUGUUGAUAUAGCUAUAUGGAAUGCCGUUGGUUGGGCAGGAUGGGGAGAGUGGGGACCUUGCAGUAAAACCUGUGGGGGAGGGAGACAGAUACGCAGGAGGUACUGCUCUAAGCCGUCUUGUGAGGGUUACGGCGAGCAAGGGAGGUCUUGUAACUCCUUCGACUGUGAGGGUACUAUAAAUCCUCUUGCACCGGGCGCAAGACGUAACUUCCAUCCUGCGCAGGCGCGCUGGGGUCCAGUACCAGACCGGCCUCAUGCUUUCAGCUUAAGACCAAACUCAUACAUCUGGAUUGCGUCAUCAGAACUAUUCGCCUCGGGGAAGACAUUUCCAAGAGAAUUCACGCUUUUCAUUUCUUUGAGGUUAAGGCCAGAGAGUGGCGGUUACGGACAAGGUACUCUAUUCUCCCUCCGUUCUCGUCGUCGAACGGGUUCAUUCUUAUCACUUGAGCUAGCUGGUAGAGGAGCUGCUCGCCUCGUCCACGCGGGUGGAGGAUCUUCAAGAUCUAUUUACUUAGCUGUACCUUUGUAUGACUUCAGAUGGCAUCAUAUUGCCAUUAGCGUUCACGAUGACAACACGGUUCGAAUCUACGUUGAUUGCCGCUGGCUGAGAACCGACGUCCUUGAAAAGGACGCUUUAGACACACCGAGGGACGCUGAUCUCAUUAUCGGCUAUCUUUUUUCAGGAGAUUUAGAACAAAUGGUUCUUGUACCAAAAGCCGGUCAAGCUCACAAGCAGUGCUCGAGUCAAGUGACAGGCAUCGCUCCCUUCGUUACACUGCGGGACACGUAAACAGGUAUACUAAUUUGAAUUAGGAAAAUGUUUUACUCUUUUAACAUGUUUAUAAAUAUAAUCUAUCACUCGUUUUUUAUUAUUUCGUUUU